AUGUUGCUUCGCAAGCUCAGGCAAGCCUUGGCAGUGACAGCAGCUAUCCUCCCGUUCGCCUUCGCCAAAGACAAAGAUGAUGGCGGUCAAUCCACAUUCGUUUCCCCAGACGGCGAUGUAGCUUUUGCCAUUGACAUUGGCGAGAAUCGCGACACCGAAGUCUACUUCAGCCUUCGUGUCAAGAAGAGCCGAUCAUGGGGUGCUGUUGGUCUCGGAAGCGACGAUAUGCCUGGAGCUCUGUAUCUCAUGGUGUACAAGAGCAGUGACAGCGGCAAUGUUACAUUUUCCCCACGACUUGCCUACGGUCAUUACGAACCAUAUUUCUGGGACGGGAUGGAUGUCGAAAUCCUCAACAAUAAUACCGGAAUCAUCGACGAUUAUAUGGUGGUGACAGGCCGUUGCAAGAGCGGAUGUCGCAGCUGGCCUUCGCAUGGUGGAAACAGAGGAUAUCUUGAUGUUUACUCAGACGACAGCAAGGCCAUCUUUGCUUUUGGUCCCAAGGAAGAUUUCUACAGCAAGAACGAAGCUGCACCUCUUAAAUACCAUGCAGGAUAUGGCAGUUUUUCCAUCAACAUCGACAGAACGCAUGGCAAAUCUGAGAUGCCAUACAUCAGCGAUUCAACAAAGGAUGUCGGGACCAAGUUCAUCUACGGUAAAAAGGCGAGGCCAAACUGGGCAUCGCCGCUUCACGGAGUUUUCAUGGUCCUGUCGAUUGUGUUCCUCAUGCCAGUUGGUGUUGUUCUGCUGAGAUCUGGUGGCUGGGUGAAGUGGCAUGCUCUCAACCAGGUCAUUGCGACUCUUGGCGUUUUCGCGGGCUUUGGGAUUGGCGUUGCAAACAGUUUCUACUAUCAAAGGUCUCGAAGCUUUGAUGAUCCUCACCAAAUAAUUGGAUUCGUUGUCACUGGUUUAUUGCUUGGGCAAUUUGGCCUGGGAGUGAUGCAUCACACUCAAUACAAAAAGACCCAGAGCCCUACUCGGUACGGCAGGAUCCAUCUCUGGGUAGGCCGUAUCAUCCUGUUCUUCGGUACACUGAACGCAUUCAUGGGCUUCACAUUCGCUCUGAACCGAAGAUUCGGCAUGCUUCUCGCUCUCCUCAUCAUCUUCAUCUGCAUUACCAGCCUAAUCUUGAUUUAUGGUCGUCGAUAUCUGGACAAGCGUCGUCUGGGUCCUCGAGGUCCCGGUCUGGCAGGUCCUCAGCAAUACGCCCCGCCCCCAUGGAGACAACCUCCUCAGAACACUGGCUACCCAUCCGAUCCUCCGCCAGGAUAUCAGCCACCAUCAAACCAAGGUCUUGGUGAUGUGUCACCCGCGAUGCGAUCACCUUCACCAUGGCAGUCGCACAAAGAUGAGGACGAUAUGAAUCUGGGACGUGAGCAGAGACCGAGGGAGUUUUCUUAG